UUCCGGGUUGUCAGUUCGUGCAGACGUGCAUGAUAAUUGUGUGAUGAGACACAGGAAAGAUUUUCAGUGAAACAUGGAUCUGAGCAUAAACUCAUACAGUGAUCCGAAGGAAGUGGGCGUGUUUCCAUCAGCUGCUCGUAGUGCUGAACCACAGGAGUCGGAUUUAGAAGAAGCAGCAAGGACACUUGAUCUGCACCCAUCAGGUGUUUCCUGUGAUCUGGUUACUACAGACGACCACGCAAAGAGUCUUUCUGCCAGAGCGAAGCCUUUUCAGUGCUCUCAGUGUGGGAAGGGUUUUUCCCGUAUACAGCAUCUGUCCGAACAUGUCCGGAUUCACACAGGCGAGAGGCCUUUUGAGUGCUUGGUGUGUGGAAAGACUUUCACCAGGGAAAGAGACCUCAAGACUCAUCAGAUUGUCCAUACGGAUGCAAAGGCCUUUCACUGCACGAUCUGUGUUAAAAACUUCGCCCUCUUAUCCUCCUUGAGAAGACAUUUGCGCGCAUUUCAUCAAGGUCAAGAUGUCAGUACGGAGGGAAAGUGCUUAAUUUGUGUCGAAUGUGGGAAAAAUUUUGAAUGCCAGCUGGAGGAACAUGAGCUGACACACACAGGAGAGAUUUCCCACCGCUGCCCCGACUGCGUCAACAGCGUCGCACAUCUAUCCAGUCUCGUAUCUCCUGAUCAGACCUUCUGUGAAUCCGACAACAUGUGCCAUUUGGAUGCUAAUGACAGUGAGAGGCCUUGCAGUUCUGUGGCCUCUGAAGGUCUACUCAAGCACAUACAAACUAAUGCACUUAAGGACAGUAGCGAAUCACACUCUGUAGAACUUAUAGAUAAUAUUGAGAGCAAGGCACCUAAUGAAAACAUUUCUCAAAGUCAAGAGAAAGAGGCUGAGAGAGCUCCAUCUCCUUCAUCCGAACUCUCUCACGACUCUACACAUUCUGCUGAAAAGGGCAUUGAAACACCAAAUCCUCUUCAAGAGGAAGAGUUUGCAGCUCACCAGCAAGCGAGUGAUGAAAACAAGCCGCACCAGUGCAAUCACUGUGGAAAGAGAUUUCAUAAGCAAGCAAAGCUUCGGAUCCAUCUGCGCGUUCACACCGGAGAGAAGCCGUACCAGUGCUCCCAGUGUGGGAAAUACUUCAGCCAAGCAGUAAACCUUAGAAAACACCACCGUACUCAUCAUACGGAGGAGAGACCGUACCACUGUACACUCUGUGACCGGAGGUUUUCUCUCUCCUUCUCCCUGAUAAAACAUCAACGUGUUGCUCAUCCAGAACAUUUGAGUGUUGCUGAAAGGACUCGCUUUACCUGUCCGUACUGUGGAAAAAUAUUUGGACGACAUCAAGAUAUGGAGCAGCAUAAACGCAUUCACACUGGCGAGAGGCCGUUUCGCUGCACCGUGUGCAACAAAAGCUUCAGGCAGCGUUCUGUGUUGAUCGUGCAUCGGAAAAUUCACACUGGAGAAAAGCCUUUCGAGUGUUUCAUAUGCUUCAGGCGGUUUUAUGGUUCAGGAGAUCUGAAGACACACAUGGGAACUCAUACCGGCGUGAGACCUCACAGUUGUCCUUUGUGCUCCAAAAGCUUCCCGCGGCCCAGCAGCCUGCAAGCACACAUGCAGUCCCAUCUGAACAAGCUGCAGGAAGGUGAUGAUGUGACCGGCGGAGCUGAUAUGCUUAUUCCUGAGGAGGAGGACGAGGGUGAACUUGAUGACGUGGAAGGAGUCUGCGGUGUUUCUGCUUCAUCGCAGCUCUCAGCGGUGCUUUCUGGAAAUCUUGGAGCUUUUGAAGACAAAAUAAGCAUAGGGGAGUGUCUAUCAGAGACGAGAUUCAGUCCAUCAAUGAAUCAAGAUGAUGAUGCUGAUCAGAGUUCCAGUUCAGAACUGACAGAUCAUCAGAAGCCAUAUCAUUGUGCCAUAUGCAAUAAAACCUUCUCUCUCGCAAUUUCCCUGAAAAGACAUCAACUUAUAUUUCAUCCAGAUCAACAUGUUGACAAAGAGGGGAAGUGCUUCCCCUGCUCUUAUUGCGGAAGGAAGUUUGGUCGACGCCAAGGCUUGUUACAGCACGAACGAAUUCACACAGGUGAAAGGCCCUUCAACUGUCCCACCUGUAACAAAAGCUUCCGUCAGAGAUCGGCUCUGGUUGUGCAUAUUAAAACGCACACAGGAGAGAGGUCGUUUCUGUGUUUUGUGUGCAGUAAGAGCUUUUAUACCCCAGGAGACUUAAAGAAACAUCUAGAAAUUCACACAGGAGUGAGGCCGCACAACUGCCCUGUGUGCUACAAGGGAUUUGGACGUCCCAGUUUCCUCCGAGCUCACAUGCGCAUCCAUGAAAAAGCUCCAACAAAGAAGCAAAGUGAAACAGAGAAACCGACAGGUGGUCCAAAAGUCGACUUGCAAGAGAAGCCGUUUGAAUGCUCUCAUUGUGGGAAGAGAUUCAGUCAGCAUUGUAUGUUAAAAAUCCACCAGCGGAUUCACACAGGAGAGAGACCUUACAAGUGCUCUCAGUGUGGCCUGAGUUUUCGCUGGAGGAGAAACCUGAUAGCCCACCAGAGCGGCCACCCGGGGGGAAAACCCUCUCCAGUGUUCAAUGAAAUUAUGAGAUGGCUAGGGGUCUCUCAUACAUGCAGUUUGUGUUUGAAGACAUUUACUCAAGCAGCUGGCCUCAGGAAACACGUGCGGUAUGUUCACGAAGGAGAGCGACCGCACAAAUGCUCUGAAUGCGGGAGAGGAUUUGUUAAACUUUCCGACCUCGCACGUCACCAGCGCCGCCAUCAUUACGACCGGGGCGACGAACUCUUUCAGUGCUCGCAGUGUGAGCGAAGCUUCAGUCAUCCCAGCAGCCUGGUUCUGCACCGACGGACACACACAGAAGAAAAGCAUGAGUGCCCACAGUGCGAUAAGAUUUUCAGUCAGGCGGGACACUUGAAGGUCCACCUGCGCACUCAUACCAAAGAGAACAAACCCAAAUUCGAGUGCCCUGAAUGUGGGAAGAGUUUUGGCCAAGCUAAAGAUUUGGUAGUUCAUCAGAGGGUUCACACUGGGGAAAAGCCAUACCAGUGCCCUCAGUGCAAAAAGAGCUAUCGACAGUUUGCGCAUUUGUCUGUACAUCUACGAAGUCACACGGGGGAGAAGCCGUACCAAUGCCCCAUAUGUCUCAAAUUCUUUGCUCAUUCAUCAUCCAUGAAAAAACAUCUGCGUGUAAUGCAUGCAGAGGGGAAAAAUUUACCCGUACCAAAGGAAGUUGUGAAGGUCACUGUUGGCGUAGGCCCAUCUAACACAGCUGUAGAAGUUAAGCAAGAACCAGAGUCUGGGGAUGAAUAUGAAUGUCAAGUGAAAUCUGAAGAAAACUGCUUUGCUAUAAUGGACGAUGUGAAGGCUGUUACAGUCUCUUCAGCUCCUUCCAGUCCAGUAUCAUCAGUGACUUUUAAAGAUGAAAAAUGAAUGUGGAUGGGAAUGAAGGUUUCUCACCAACAAUCUGCCAAACAUGAGUGCGUUGAAGAACCUGCAGCAUCAACUAGUUUACUGAUGCCAAAAAACUGUUUUAAUAAGUAGAAUUACAUUCUACACUUACUCCAGGAGGUGAUCUCCAUCUUUGAAGACUGCAGCCUCCUUAAUUAUGAAGAGUCCAUGCUACUGUCAGUGCUCCUGAUCAGAACUAUUCAACCUAAAGAACUUUGUUGUGCUAUACAUGCACUUUUGCCAAAUGGGAGAUCUUAACCAAACUCAAUCUGGAGAGAAGCUUUGACAUUUGGUAUCUACUGUGAGUACAACUUCCAUCAGGCAGAGCACAUCAGACUUCAUCAGAGAAAUUUCCAGUUCUCAGACAUGCAGAAAUGACAUUGAUAUAGUAUAAGAUUCUUUGUUUAUGCUCCUGGAGGUCCACUUAAGUUCCAGCCCUGAUUAAACUCACCUGCCUGUAAUUUUUAAGUAAUCCUUAAGACCAUGACUGGCUUCUUUGGGAACUAAACACUCUUUUUGAAUAACCCUAAUAUAGUAGGAAAACUUGGUCAUGUUCUAGUAUAACUGUUACGAACAGGCCCACAUUGAAUCUGUGUGCUUGUCAUCCUACACAUUCAAUGCCCUUUACAUUUUCAUCAAUUAAGUAUUUAAGAUCCAUUCAACAUAAAUCCAUUCCACUGAAUUUUCCUAUAAAGUCAGUGUGGAAAAUGUGAAUUCUGCAGAUUCUAAAUCUGCUUAGAAGCCAUGCAAAUAUACAUCCACCAACUCAUUUCACUAAUAUGUUGUGUUACAGCACCCACCCAAGUUUUUGUAAUCAUUUAUUUCUUGUAUACGCAACAUCUCAGAUGUAAAUUAAAUGAACAAGUUCAAA